GAACUCAGCAUCACCGGUAGCGGGCAGCAUUGUUCCGAUCAUGCGAACGACCAGACCGGAAAACAACUAGCUAGCUGGGCAGAGCGGAGCGGAGGCAGGCUGAGGAAAGAUGGCAGCCGCGGCAGUGGCUGAGUUUCAGAGAGCACAGUCUCUCCUUGGAACAGACCGGAAUGCCUCUAUCGAUAUCUUACAUUCUAUAGUGAAGCGGGACAUCCAGGAGAGCGAUGAGGAGGCGGUGCGUGUUAAAGAGCAGAGCAUCCUGGAGCUGGGUGGGCUGCUGGCCAAGACGGGACAGGCCGCAGAGCUAGGGGGCCUGCUGAAAUACGUACGCCCCUUCCUCAACUCCAUCUCCAAGGCCAAGGCAGCCCGGCUGGUCCGCUCCCUGCUGGACAUGUUCCUGGAUAUGGAAGCUGCGACAGGUCAGGAGGUAGAGCUCUGCCUGGAGUGCAUAGAGUGGGCCAAGGCUGAGAAGAGAACCUUCCUCAGGCAGGCGCUAGAGGCUCGCCUCAUCUCACUGUAUUUCGACACAAAAUGCUACCAGGAGGCACUACAACUGGGCACCCAGCUGCUGCACGAGCUGAAGAAGAUGGACGACAAGGCCCUGCUGGUGGAGGUGCAGCUGCUGGAGAGCAAGACGUACCACGGGCUCAGCAACCUGGCCAAGGCGCGCGCCGCCCUCACCUCUGCCAGGACCACCGCCAACGCCAUCUACUGCCCGCCGAAACUACAAGCGGCUCUAGACAUGCAGUCAGGAAUCACCCACGCAGCAGAGGAGAAAGACUGGAAGACGGCUUACUCCUACUUCUACGAGGCCUUUGAGGGCUACGACUCGAUCGACAGCCCCCGGGCCAUCACAGCCCUCAAAUACAUGCUGCUCUGCAAAAUCAUGCUCAAUUUGCCAGAGGACGUCCAGGCCCUCAUCAGUGGCAAGCUAGCUCUGCGGUACGCAGGCAGACAGACAGACUCCCUGAAAUGUGUGGCACAAGCCAGCAAGAACCGGUCGCUGGCCGACUUUGAAAAGGCACUAACAGAGUACAAAGCAGAGCUGAGGGAUGACCCCAUCAUCAGCACCCAUCUGACCAAACUGUAUGACAACCUGCUGGAGCAGAACCUCAUCAGGGUCAUCGAACCCUUCUCCAGGGUCCAGAUAGCACACAUUUCCUCCCUCAUCAAACUAUCCAAGGGAGACGUGGAGAGGAAGUUGUCGCAGAUGAUCCUGGACGAGAAGUUUCACGGUAUUUUGGACCAAGGUGAAGGAGUGCUGAUUGUCUUCGAGGAGCCGGUGGUGGACAAGACAUACGAGGCGGCCCUGGAGACCAUUCAGAACAUGAGCAAAGUGGUGGACGCACUCUACAACAAAGCCAAGAAGCUAACAUAAGAUUCAAACCUCGCCACCAAGAGCGCGGUCAGUCACACAAAGUGCUUUUGACGCUGAUGAGACCGUGGCCGGAGAGGGAACUCUGCGAUCUGAGGCGCCAUGUCGGUCGCGCAGAAGAGGGCGGGUUUUUCGCCGAAGAAAAUCAAAGCUGUACAUUGUUUUGGGAACUUAAUUUUUGCAAGGACAAUGAGGGUUUACCAUGUAUGACAUAGAGAAAGACAAAUGCUAAUAAUAAAAAAAAAAUGAAACGUG